UUGUUCAAUGUAAUCAUCUCCCUUCAUUUGAUUGCAGGUUUCUACAUUUUUUCGUGUUUCAAUUCUCUUUUUGGGCACCCUCACGUCUCUUUUAAUAUCUCGCCAUCCAGAAUAGAAGGAUGGGGCUUUCUUUUGCUAAGUUGUUCAGUCGCCUGUUUGCCAAGAAAGAGAUGCGAAUUCUUAUGGUGGGUCUUGAUGCUGCUGGUAAGACCACCAUAUUGUACAAACUGAAGCUCGGAGAGAUCGUCACCACCAUUCCCACAAUUGGGUUUAAUGUGGAGACUGUUGAAUAUAAGAACAUUAGCUUCACUGUUUGGGAUGUUGGUGGUCAGGACAAGAUCCGACCUUUGUGGAGGCACUACUUCCAAAAUACCCAGGGGCUAAUCUUUGUUGUUGAUAGCAAUGAUCGUGAUCGUGUGGUCGAAGCCAGGGAUGAGCUUCACCGUAUGCUAAAUGAGGAUGAACUGAGGGAUGCUGUGCUGCUUGUAUUUGCAAACAAGCAAGAUCUACCAAAUGCUAUGAAUGCUGCUGAGAUUACUGAUAAACUUGGUCUUCAUUCCCUCCGUCAACGCCACUGGUAUAUCCAGAGUACAUGUGCUACCUCUGGCGAAGGGUUGUAUGAAGGGCUUGACUGGCUAUCCAACAACAUAGCUAGCAAGGCUUGAGAGGGUCGGUCGAUGAUCAGUGACAUUUACAACUGGGGCAGCAAUCUUUGCGGAAGUCGAAUUUGGAUAUGUAUAUUUUAUUUUUAUAGUGAUAUGUUCUGGUGUUGGGUUUUCCUUUGGCUUGUUAACUUUUACAAGAAAUGUACGAGGUUGUGUUAGAUAUGGGCAGUUUGAUUGCCUGUCUGCUUUGUAGAAGGAAUUUAUUGUUCUGAGUUUAACGAAUUCGUUGUUGACAUUUCAUAGUAAUAUGUUUUGAAUUUU